AUUUCUCCCCAUGCAUACCCUCUCUUCUCCCCCUCUCCCUCUUAAAGUUUCUCUCACUACCCCACCCUCCCGGGAGAAAGAGAGCCAACAAUGGCAGGUCCUUCACUCUCUCUCAUCCUCCUCUUCUCUGUCCUCACUCCAAUCCUCAUUGCCUCCUCACCAGUUCAUGACCCUGAACUAGUAGUACAAGAAGUACACAAGAGUAUUAUUAAUGCCACUAGGAGGAAUUUGGGCUAUCUCUCUUGUGGGUCCGGCAAUCCGAUCGACGACUGCUGGCGGUGCGACCCCAAUUGGGAGCAGAACCGCCAGCGGCUAGCCGACUGUGCAAUCGGGUUCGGGAAGGGUGCCAUUGGUGGGAAAGGUGGUAAAUUUUACGUGAUCACGGACUCCGGCGAUGACAACCCGGUGAACCCUAAGCCGGGGACUCUCCGCCACGCCGUGAUCCAGGAUGAGCCAUUGUGGAUCGUUUUCGCUCGUGACAUGGUGAUCAAACUCAAGGAGGAGCUGAUCAUGAACUCGUUCAAGACGAUCGACGGCAGGGGAGCUAGCGUCCACAUUGCUGGAGGUCCAUGCAUCACCAUACAGUUCGUGACUAACAUCAUCAUACAUGGGAUCAACAUACACGAUUGCAAGCAAGGAGGGAAUGCUAUGGUGAGGGACUCCCCGGGGCACUUCGGGUGGAGGACCAUAUCGGACGGCGAUGGGGUGUCCAUCUUCGGAGGGAGCCAUGUUUGGGUGGACCAUUGCUCCUUGUCAAACUGCCAUGAUGGGUUGAUUGAUGCCAUUCAUGGGUCCACUGCCAUCACCAUUUCAAACAAUUACAUGACCCACCAUGAUAAGGUCAUGCUUUUGGGCCACAGUGAUUCCUACACUCAGGACAAGAACAUGCAAGUCACUAUUGCCUUUAAUCACUUUGGUGAAGGCCUUGUUCAAAGAAUGCCAAGGUGUAGACAUGGUUACUUCCAUGUGGUGAACAAUGACUACACCCAUUGGGAAAUGUAUGCCAUUGGAGGAAGUGCUAACCCCACCAUCAACAGCCAAGGCAACAGAUUUCUUGCACCAGAUAACAGAUUCAGCAAAGAGGUGACCAAACAUGAGGUUGCACCAGAAAGUCAAUGGAAGAAUUGGAAUUGGAGGUCUGAGGGGGACUUGAUGUUGAAUGGUGCAUAUUUCAGAACAUCUGGUGCUGCAUCCUCAUCAAGCUAUGCCAGGGCUUCAAGCUUGGGUGCAAGACCAUCUUCUCUAGUGGGUCCUCUCACGAUGAGCGCCGGUACACUCAAUUGCAGAAAGGGUUCUCGUUGCUGAUCAAGCCCUAAGUUUACUCAAUUUACCGUCCAAUUUAAUUAAUAUGCCACAAUAUAGGUAAUUAAGCAGAAAAAUUAGAAAACAAAUAUAUGAGGGUGAGAAAAGUACUCGAAGUAGGGUACAAGAAGUCAAGAUUAUGUAUUUCUAGGACUUACUUUUAUUGGGUUUGUUUUUAUUUUUUACUUUUACUUUUGUGUUUUUAUUUUUUGACUUGUUUGUAAACUACAACCUCGGCCUGUUUCUCUGACAAAACCAUUGGAAAUAUUUGUGUUUGUUAGUCCCAAUGGUUAUAGAGAAAGCAAGUGCAGAAGUGUUGAUACUAUAUUAUCUAUAUUUAAGUUAAAGUUACACUUAUUUGAAUUAAAA